CCAUGAGAGUAGCCAGCUCGCUCAGAGAGUUGGAGUAACCCCCAAGCUGUAGUCUUCUUCUUUACCAAAUUCUCCUCUAAGCUCGCUUUGUUCUCUUUCUCAGUUUCUCUGUCACACACAAACGCACGCACUUUACAAUCCCAAAACCCUAGCUAUGUCUAUUUUCGAGUACAAUGGAUCGGCUCUGAUUGCGAUGGUGGGGAAGAACUGCUUCGCCAUCGCCAGCGAUCGAAGGCUCGGAGUUCAGCUCCAGACAAUCGCCACCGAUUUCCAAAGGAUCUACCAGAUUCACGAUCGCCUAUUUCUCGGCCUCUCCGGCCUCGCCACCGACGCUCAGACUCUGUAUCAACGGCUUGUGUUCCGGCACAAGCUGUAUCAGCUUCGUGAAGAGAGGGACAUGAAGCCAGAGACAUUUGCAAAUCUAGUCUCUGCUAUUCUUUAUGAGAAAAGGUUUGGUCCAUACUUAACUCAGCCUGUAAUUGCUGGAUUGGGAGAUGAUGACAAGCCAUUCAUUUGCACUAUGGAUUCAAUUGGAGCCAAGGAGCUAGCAAAAGAUUUUGUUGUUGCUGGUACCGCAUCAGAGUCUCUCUAUGGUGCUUGUGAGUCGAUGUUCAAGCCUGACAUGGAAUCAGAGGAAUUGUUCGAGACUAUCUCCCAAGCACUGCUAUCAUCAGUUGAUCGAGACUGUUUGAGUGGAUGGGGAGGACAUGUCUAUGUUGUAACACCAACUGAAGUAACGGAGAGGACCUUGAAAGGAAGGAUGGAUUGAGCAACUGCUGCUUGGCAGAAAGCUAGUCCUUAGUUUUUCCAUUUCUACUUUUUUUUUUUUCCCUUGUUUCAUGCCUAUGUAGCUUGCAGUUAAUUUGAUGUACUGUCGUUAAUAUUUAUUUGUAGUUGACAAAAAGUUAGAAUGAAUCUGUCAACUCUUGUCGUUUUGAUAGAAUCUUGGGAAUUAAGUUGUACUUUUGAAUUACUAUUUUUUUUUUCCCUUCUUUUGCUUGAAAAGUAAGCUGUUGAAUGUUUCUCCUC